AACCUGUUGACUCCAUCAGGCUGGUUGGAAGAGGCAGUCGGUGUAACGGCAGACUGGAGAUAAAACACAGGGAGGAAUGGAAAGGAGUGUCAGGUUUAUGGACUCAGAGUUUUGCAGAUGAAGUGUGUAAACAACUGGACUGUGGCCCUUCUGUUUCACUUAGAUAUAAUAGUUUGAGUUCAAUAACAGAAGUCUGGAGACUGUAUAGAGACUGUGAUGGAUCUUCUCUGACACAAUGUGUGAUAGGGAUCGCACUCUCCUCUGAUUCCACAGAGGUAACCUGCUCAGACUCAGUCAGACUGGUGAAUGGGACUGGUCUGUGCUCAGGCAGACUGGAGGUCAGGUCUGACCAGUCGAACCAGUCCUGGUCCUCAUUGAGUGAAGAUGGUUUUGACCAGCAGGAUGCAGAGGUGGUCUGCAGGGAGCUGGGCUGUGGUCCUCCUUCAGCCCUCCAGGGGGCGCUCUAUGGAGAACCAGAGGCUCCAACAUGGAGCAGAGAGUUCCACUGUAAGGGCAACGAAGCUGCACUUUUGGACUGUGGCAGUUCUGUUACAAAUUAUUCUGGUAACGCUGUUGGACUCGUCUGUUCAGAACCUGUUGACUCCAUCAGGUUGGUUGGAAAAGACAGUCGGUGUAACGGCAGACUGGAGAUAAAACACAGGGAGGAAUGGAAAGGAGUAAAUCUUAGGUUUUUGACCCUGAGUUURGCAGGUGAAAUGUGCAAACAGCUCGACUGUGGCUCUCCUCUUUCAAUCAGAACCAAAGAUUUGAGUUCAGUAACAGAACUCUGGAGACUGAAUGAAGACUGUCUUGGAUCUUCUCUAACAAAAUGUGUGACAUGGACCAGAUACUCCUCUGAUUCCACAGAGGUUACCUGCUCAGACUCAGUCAGACUGGUUAGUGGGUCUAACCUGUGCUCAGGUAGACUGGAGGUGAACUUGAACCAGUCCUGGUCCUCAGUGUGUSAAGCUGACUUUGACCAGCAGGAUGCAGAGGUGGUCUGCYGGGAGCUGGACUGUGGUCCUCCUUCAGUCCUCCAGGGGGRGCUCUAUGGAGAACCAGAGGCUCCAACAUGGAGCAGAGAGUUCCAGUGUGAAGGCACCGAGUCUGCUCUCCUGGACUGUAGAYCAGGUUCAGGUAGAAGCAGCUGCUCACCUGGACAAGCUGUUGGACURACCUGUUCAGAUGGGAUCAGGUUAGUGGGAGGGGCCAGCCACUGUGCUGGGACUCUGGAGACGUUUCACCACAAACAGUGGAGACCAGUGGCUGACCUCACAGAAGACUGGAACCAGAAGUCAGCUGCUGCAGUUUGUGCUCAGCUGGGCUGUGGUUCUGUUGUUUCAACAAGAAGAUUAAAGACAUCUUCAGACAGACCUGUGUGGUGCAUCGAGCCUCACUGCCUGCAAAGAAAAUCUACCCUCAGAGAUUGUUUAUAUUUUUCUAAUUAUGAACAUGACGACAGCCUUGAGGUGGUGUGUUCAGUUUCAGGGUAUCUGACUGAUAUGACCAUCAGACUAAUGGGGGUCCUGCUGGGUCUGCUGGGAUCAAUCCUGCUCCUCUACUUCUACUUCAAGACCAGGUCUGGACAGGAGAAAAAGCACGAUGCUGACGGCUGCAGAGACGAGUCUCCAGCACCGAGUAGAGCAGAAUCUGUAUUUCACAUUCAGAUGAAGAAUCAGUGAUGAUGCUUCAGACAGCUGCUCCCUCCGUACAGACGAGACACCCUCGUUUCAUUAACCCAGUUCAUCAGUGCUGUGCUUCCAGGUGCAAGACAGUUCAGGUUUCACAUUGUUCAGCAGAUUAAAGAGGAGUAAUCCUGUGUGGAUUCUUUUAUUGUCUCAUUCUGUUCCUYCUGCUGUUUUAUAAAGAUGUGCGUUAGCCAACAACAAAUCAAAGCAACACUUUGUAAGUUGGAGCUGUUGAUGAGUGAAAUUUCUGCUCCAUCAGUCUCUGUACUGAAGCUUCUGUCACUGAGGAAACAGAAGAUGGUGAUUUGUGUAAAUGUUGAGAAUAAAUAUCUUUAAAAGGU